CUUCCAGUGUUUCUCACACUAAUGAUGCGGAGACGUGGAGCUUUGUGUUUAACUUCAUGGAUCACAGCAGGAACUGGAGUUCUGUGUUUAACCUUCUUCCAGUCAGCAGACUCUGGGUCGGACUGUGAGCUUGGCGAGAGGUGCAUUGGACAGAGCGAUGAAAACUUUAGCAGCUGGUAUGUGUGGUUCCUGGUGUUGUUUUUCCUGGCCGUGCUCCUGUCCUGCGGGAUCUGCUGCUGCCUGCAGUGCUGGCUGAAGUGGCGGAGCUGCCUCCCCCGACGCACCAUGGCUGUCUUUGCCCUCAGCAGCUCAGAUGCCUUUUGUGCUACUGAAGCACCUCCGUGCCCAUUCUCUGGAUCCCUGAGCCCCUGCAUGACUGCAGAGGUUUCCUCUUCUCCUGUCCCAUGCUUCAGCCUUGGGGGAACUGACUUGCCUCCAUCUUACGAGGAUGUUAUGAAGGAAAACAAGCUCUAG